AUGGAAGUCGACCAGAGCAACUUCGCCACUGACGAGCGGCGGCAGCAGGACGGGCUGCUCGCCAUCACUGAAAUGCGUGCGAGACUCUCAGAGGACAGACGCAAACAGAGAGGGCGGAAUCCACAGACCCCUCGACAAAUUCCCAUCAUUGAUGCCAUGGACAUUGGCAUACUGGGCGCGGGCCGAUGGCCUGAUCCGAGACGUCCGCCGCGCAGGCUAUUCUCACCCCUGACGCACCGAGACAGAAUCCGAUACAGGCUUUAUGGCGUUAAUACUGAACCGGAGGAAGAGGUCCGGGAGCUCCUCCCGAGACGCAGCCACUCUGCACAAGCAGACGAUGCCGAGCACCCAGACAGACCGCCCUUUGACGAGUAUUUUCUGAGCAGCGGCCGAACGAGAUGGAACUCCUUUUCCUCCGAUGACGAGUACAUCCAAGAACUACACGCAAACCGAGCCGAGACGAUCCGGCUGGCAUUGCUGGAGUGGUUGUGGUGCGCAUAUGUCGGCGUCUCCGUCGUGGCCGUCAUCGUCUUCCUGCUGCUGCUCGUCAAGAACUUGUGCCGUGGCAGCUAUGGCUCCUGCCUGCUGACAGCGACCCAGCUGGGACUCGUCGUCGCCGUGUACAUUGCCGGCGCUAUCUUCGCGGGCAACCAGCUCAGUGUCGACGUUCUCUUUUUGAUAGCAGGCAUGGUUACUGCGGUGGCCGCAGGCCAAGGCCUUGGGUUUGGCGGCUAG